AUUUGUCUUCUAAAGAUGAGCAAUCAGGAGGUGACUUACUCAGCUUUGAGAUUUCUUCAGGCUUCUUCAGACUCUCAGAGAAGAUCAAAGCCUGAUGGCUCUCGAAGGUCUGGACCUGGUGAGAAAGAGUGUUCAGUGCCCUGGCAUCUCAUUGUGGUGACUCUUGGAAUCCUCUGUUUGAUUCUCUUGAUGAUAGUUGUAGUGUUGGGGACAAAGUAUGUUCAUCUGAUUCAAGAGAAACAUGAACAACAGGAAAAUAUAGGAAAUUUCAGUCAAAAGUGCAACAUCAAGGAACAACGUUUGGCCAAUAAAACCUUAGAAUACAACACUCUCAAAAAUGAAAGCUUUCUGCUGAAAAAUAAGCUGGCAUCAUCUUUAAAAAAGGAAGGAUGCUGUGCAAAAGGACAUGUUCCUUCAAAAUCUCUGCAAAAUCCAGGAAAAGUCUCUGAGGACUACUGGUCAUGUUUUGAUGUCAGUUGCUACUAUUUUGUUCAGGAAAAUAAAAGCUGGCAUGGAUGUAAACAGACUUGCCAGAAUUACGGUUCAUUCCUUUUGAAGAUAGACAACGAGCAGGAACAGGAAUUCAUUCAGGUUCAGAUUGGUCAAAAUAGAUACUGGAUUGGAUUGUCAUAUGAUGACAAGGAAAGAAAAUGGAAAUGGGUUGAUACUGGCUCAUCACCUGGAAUGAAUUUUGCAAUGAUGAGUUUGCUUUCUAGGAGAGGAGAAUGCGCACUUUUAGCCUCAACAAGAGUAAUAUCCAUCAGUUGCUUUCAAACCUAUGGCUGCAUCUGUGAAAAGAAAAUUGAUUGUGUUUUCCGUGCUUCAGUGUGUACUUAGGAGCAAAGGGCUUGGCCCAUUGUGGAAACAGAGAUGAGCUGGAAGAGGAAGAAAGUGUUCUUCUGAGUGAUGACCUAGGAUACUAAAUGACAUCCUCUC